CAGGCCUGUAGGGGGCGCUGUGAAACAGCUCGGUCAAGCUGCGCUUCCUGUUACCUCAGUAGUUAGCACAUGUUCAGGAGGAGCAUCGUGAGGAGCUUCGGAGCCGAGUGAACCUCGGGAUAAACUGGUGAAAUGACAGAAAGCAAAGCGGAGUCCGUCUCGCAGCGGCCCAGAGAGCUGCUGGCGCUGAACCCGGAGCAGGAGGUCGAGUUCAAGAAGAAGGUCCAAGAGGUGAAGAAGAAGAACCGCGGCGGAAAGGGGAGCCGUGUAACUCCAGGUGUGGUGUACGUCGGCCAUCUUCCUCUGGGGCUCUUCGAGCCGCAGCUCCGGUCCUACUUCGAGCAGUUUGGGACGGUCCUACGCCUGCGGCUGUCCCGGAGCAAAAAGACCGGCGGCAGCAAAGGUUUCGCUUUCAUCGAGUUCGAGAGCGACGAGGUGGCGAAGAUCGUCGCGGAAACUAUGAACAACUACCUGAUGGGGGAGAGGCUCAUCAAGUGUGAGGUUCUGCCUCCAGAGAAGGUCCACGAGAAGCUGUUCGUCGGGUCCCAGAGGAUGUUCCGCAGGCCGGCCCGGCCCGCCGUGACCCGGUACAACCGGAACCGCUCGCCAGAGCAGCUGGACGCCAUGACCCGCCGCCUGCUGAGGAAGGAGUCGCGACUGCGCAGGAAGCUGGCCCAGCAGGGGGUCCAGUACGACUUCCCCGGAUUUGCGGCCCAGAAGAAGACGACCUCCGCCGUCCUGGAUGCUUCGUCCUGCAGCGAUACCACGCCUGUCUGUACGCCGUCCUUCCUGGACAGGAGGAAGUCCACGGUCGUCCUGGACGAUGAGGACAGUGAGAUCAUCCUGAAGAUGCCGGCGGCAGAGGAAGAUGAUGAUGAUGAUGACAUGGAGGAAGAGGAGGACUCUGACAGCUCUGAGGAUGAAGAGGAGGCCCAGUGAAGGGUUUCAGUAUUUAAGGCGGACUGGGACAGUUUCUACCUCCAGACUGGAGCCAGAGCGACCCGAUUGGUCCAACARAACCGGCUGGUCCAGGCUGGCUCUGCCCACCGGCUGCUCUUCUUUCUGCUUUAUUAUUGUUAUUACUAUGAUGAAGAGUCUGUUCCUGUCAGUCCAUUGGAGAAUAUUCCCUGGUUCUGCAGCAAAGGAGCUGACUGGUCCGAAAUCUGGGCCUGAUCCGGACCGGCGCAGGGAAAACAUGGGCUAUGUCACAUGACCAAACAAGGACCGCAUGACCCCCAAACCUAAAACAAAAUAGACCACACAUGUUCCCUGCUGGUCAGCUGGUGGUCCAGUGGACCAGUCAGAACCUUCUGGGCCGUCUCAGUCAUGAUGCUGGUCCAAUGAACCCAGAUGGACGUUUUCAGACCUAAGAGCUAUGAU